AUGGUAAGAUCAACAUAGUCAAAUAUCUUCAAUUUCCACGGUGGCUCAGUCCUCGCAAUCAAAGGCAAAAACUGUGUCGCAGUUGCAAUGGAUCGUCGUCUCGGCGCCCAAUACAAAACAGUCAGCACAACUUUCCAGCGUGUCUUCAAGAUGACUGACAAGUGUGUAGCAGGCUUUAUCGGCUUAGGAGGAGACGUCCAGACAAUCGGUGCCGACUUGAAGUACAAGCUUAAUCUCUAUACUUUGAAAGAAAACCGACAGAUCCAGCCCAAAACUUUGUCAUGGCUGAUCUCCAAUAUGCUAUAUGGCAGAAGAUUUGGCCCAUAUUUCAUAGAGCCAAUAGUGGCUGGCUUAGACGAAAAUAAUGAGCCUUAUAUUUCGACUAGUGACUCGAUCGGGUGUAUGACAGAUGGAGAUAAUUUCUUUUGCAUUGGAACUGCUUCUGAAUUGAUGCUGGGGGCAUGUGAAAGCUUUGUUAAGCCUGAUUUAGAGCCAGAAGAACUUUUUGAAGUGGCGUCGCAGUGCAUGUUGUCAGCCUUAGAUAGGGACGCGUUUUCAGGGUGGGGUGCAGUAGUUUAUAUCAUUACGCCGGCUGGAAUUACUGCGAGGACAUUAAAAGCUAGGAUGGAUUAA